UUAGCAGUCAGAAUCUUUUGGAAACUCCUCAUAACGCUCCAUAAUCAAGUACUCAUUUUUUGUCAAAUACGCUUCACUUUUCAGCGGAAGUAGAAUAAUAUGACGUCAAACGCCCCCUUUCAUGUGAACGAGCACUUACAAAGCGGAAAACCGGACUUGACAAAGGAAGUUGAUCACCACCGGCGCGGGACCAAUUAAGUCUGAUUGUGGAUGUUUGUCGAGUUGCAUCUUGAGUACAAAGCCUGGGUUUGUGGAGCUACUUUCGCCGUAUACCCCCUAUCUGAGUUCACACGGAAAUCAGAGGGCGCUACAUUAGUGCCAGCAUUUAUUUGAAGCUAGAGAAAUGGGAAAAUGGCGUGUCUGUGUGCAUAGAAGUGAUGGGACAAGCAAACAAGCUAAAGCCUGAAUGCACAGUGUGAGCCCAGGCCAGAAGGGGCCAUGAGAGGGAGGGGCGAUGGCAUCCAAGUCCUAUGGUACAAAUCCCUCGUCAAGAAACAGCAUCCGAACUCCAUCGUCUGACGACAUCCUCAGUUUUUCAUAGGGGUAGGACAGGAGCACUCGUUUUUUGGCAGGCGUGUGAGAUCCCGCCUCCUCCCCAUUCUCACCAUCUUGGACUUUGGGUUGAGCCACCACAGAGAAGCCGUGCUCAUAGUGGAUCACCAGGCGGCACUCCUGACCCAGGGACAAGGAGGGCUGAUGAGGAGAGCUCCGAGCUGAGGGUGAGGAGGGGGACGCGGUGAUGGGAGUGCUGCUGAAACGUGGAGACUCUGGUGGGGGUGUUUCCCAUCCAAUCUCUGACACAGUGUUGCCAGAGAGCAGGGAUACAAGGCAAGCAAGAUUGAAGCCUUCAGCUGUGCCUACCAUAAAACAUCCCUCUAUGACUUGUAUGUCCAACGAGGAAAACCGGCCACUACACCUGUCUCAGCUUGAGAGACGGGGUCCAACAGCCAGCCUAGUGGAACCUUAAGCUAAACCAAGUGGAGCCACUGUUGAAAAGGCUAAAACAACAGCUCAACUCGACUGACGUGGAGCAGGGAAAACAAUCUGGUAAAGGAGUAACCAGACAGCACAGCACAUGGCCACAGCCAGCAGUUUCCUGUCUGAAGACCAGUUCCUGUGCUCCAUCUGCCUGGACGUGUUUACCGAGCCUAUUUCGACACCAUGCGGCCACAACUUCUGCCAGGAAUGUAUCGGCAGGCACUGGGGGGACAAAGAGCAGUGUCAGUGCCCCAUGUGCAACAAGAAGUUCAGCAGAGGCCUCAAACUGAAUGUCAACACUGGCUUCAAGGAGAUUGUGGAGAACUUUAAGGCCCAUCGAGCCCUACCACUCAAACCAGAUGAGGUGCCAUGCGACCGUUGCCUUGGCAUCAAAUUCAAAGCCAUAAAGACCUGUUUGGUGUGCUUGGAGUCUUACUGUGGAACUCACCUGGAGCCUCACCAGAGAGAUGCUGCCUUAAUGAGUCACAAGCUGACUCAUCCUGUGAAGAAUCUCUCAGAUAAGAUAUGCAAGAAACAUAACAGCUUUCGUGACUCUUUCUGCAGAAAUGACCUAGCUCAUUUCUGUGCACGUUGUGCAGAACACUGGGGACACGACACAGUGUCUUUGGAGGACGAGUAUCAGCAGCAGAAGGCUGGUCUGCAGAAGCAAAAGGCCGACAUGGAGAAGAUGAUGCUUGAGCGAGAGAAGAAGGUACGGGAGAUGGAGGAAUACGUCGAGAGCAGGCGGAUUGACAAGGAAGACGCAAGAACAAAAUGCGUUCACACCUUUUCUAUUUUAGUAGCUUCCAUUGAGAUGCAGCUGGCUAAGCUGGGUCAGGCCAUUGAAGGCAAGCACAAAGCAGCUGAGCGACAAGCUGAAAUGUUGGUUAAAGAGCUCAAAGAAGAAAUAGGUCAACUCCAGACGACCAGCACCAAACUGGAGCGCCUCUUGUAUAUCGAAGAUCACUUUGAGCUCAUUAGGAGUGCCCGGUCCUUCUCAUCUUCCACUCUACACACCAAGAACUGGUCUGAAGUCAGCAUCAUGAGUCAGCACAGUGUGGAUGCAGUGAGAAUGGCUCUGAAUCAGCUGGAAGACACGAUAAGCAAAGAGAUGGAAGAGGCUGCUGAAAGCUUCAGGACAUGUUGUGGAAAGAUUCUUCAUGAAGAACCAAUGAACAAACCAGAACAGCCGAUCACCGAUCUGGCAAGUGUCCCUGAAGGCCACAGGUUGGAAAUAAUCCGUCAGCAGUAUGCAGUGGACAUGAUCUAUGACCCUUCCUCUCAAAGUGACAUGCUGAUAUAUUCAGAGGAUUUAAAACAAGUGGGGACUUAUGACAUUGUGCAGCUCUCAAAUGGACCGAAACAAUUGUGCAAUUAUGCCUUUGUGCUGGGAAAUAAGGGCUUUUCCAAAGGAAGAUUCUACUUUGAGGUUCAGGCCGCAAAGAAGACCGACUGGGACGUAGGAGUAGCCAGACAGUCAUUGCACCAGAUCCAGAAGUUCACUGAUAAAUUCUGGAGCAACACCUGGCUCCUCAGAUUGAGAAAUAAGAAGAAUCUGAAGGCUCUACACAACAGUCCUGUCCGACUGCGUUUCAAAAGCAAACCUGAGCGAAUCGGAGUGUUUGUAGAUUACGAGGAGGGACUGGUGUCCUUCUACGAUGUGGACACCGUGACUCUCAUCUACUCUUUCAUCGGUUGUGCUUUUAAUGAGAGAAUUUUCCCAUACUUCAGCCCCUGCCCGCAUAACGAGGGCUCAAACGAGGCCCCUCUGGUGCUCACGUAUUCCUUACCUGAUCCAAACAGGAAACUGAAGCCACCAAUCACCAAAACACAGCAGCGACCUGACGAUGACUUUUAUAAUUGCUAUGUGAUUGGCAUUCUGUUAGUCAUGUUCAUUGGCUCCAUAAUGAAAGACAGUUUUGGUUAUGCAUAAGUUCAGGAAGAAAUACGUACUUUGUUCAGUGGAUUUUUAAAGAUUCUGUUGAAUUAAAUGUAAAACCAUCAACUGAUAAACUAAUUCUUACAAUUGAAGAGCAUGUAAUUGAGAAUACACACAUACUAUUUUUUUUUUUAAUCUCUUUGGAAACACUUAGGAAGUGUGUGUGUAUAAGUAAGUAUAUAAGUUAGGGAUGGGCACAAUCACAUCAUUUAUCAAUCAUUUGUGGUUGAUUGUGUCAAACUGUUGAUUCAUUGUGUCUGGAAGGAAUUUAGGCAAAAAGGAGUGCACCACUUGACUGCUGAGGCGCCGUUGAUUCAGUCUCAUCUAUCUGUGGUCUAAAGAAAAGCGACAAGAUGUUAGCCACAGGAAGUUGAGCAACAUUCAUAAAGACAUAUGCUACACUAGCUAACUCUUCCAGAAGGCAUUAUUAUGUUCUUGAGAUUUUGUAUGCGAUUAAGUUGAUCGUGAACGUUUAGUUGAAUGUCCAUUAUUGUUAUGUAUUUUAAGAAAUAAAGUUUGUAUAUGUGUGGCCUUCCAAAAAAUAUGUCCUUACAAUGUCAG